CUGAGAGGAAGAUGGUGAUCAUGGCUUCUCUACAUUUAUCCUCUAAAUGCCGGAAUGCGAUGGCCAUGUCCACGAUCACAGUCAAGCUCUUUCUAUGUUUUUUUUUAAUCGCUCAUCUUCCUUUAAGCUCUGUCCAGUUAGAAAGCGACGAUGAUGAAGUGACAAACAAAACAUGGGUUCUGACCCCCAAAGUGUUCGAGAGCGAUGUCACACAUAUUUUAAACAGCUUACUUGAUGGCUACGAUAACAAGCUGCGGCCGGACAUAGGAGUCAAACCAACGGUGAUUCAUACAGACAUGUUUGUCAACAGUAUUGGCCCAGUCAAUGCCAUUAACAUGGAGUACACCAUUGACAUCUUCUUCGCUCAGACAUGGUAUGACAGACGGUUGAAGUUCAACAGCUCUAUGAAGGUGCUUCGUCUCAAUAGCAACAUGGUCGGCAAAAUCUGGAUCCCUGACACAUUUUUCCGCAACUCAAAGAAGGCAGAUGCACAUUGGAUCACCACACCCAAUCGGAUGCUUCGAAUAUGGAAUGAUGGUCGUAUACUGUACACUUUGAGGUUGACCAUCGAUGCAGAGUGCCAGCUUAAAUUGAAUAACUUCCCAAUGGAUGAACAUUCAUGUCCCCUGGAGUUCUCAAGCUAUGGUUACCCCAAGGAGGAGAUUGUAUACAAGUGGAAGCGCAGCUCAGUGGAGGUCGGGGACAUCCGCUCCUGGCGUCUGUACCAGUUCUCCUUCGUCGGCUUGAGAAACACCUCAGAGGUUGUCAGGACAGUGUCAGGAGAUUACGUGGUGCUGACGGUCUUCUUUGACUUGAGCAGGAGAAUGGGUUAUUUCACCAUCCAGACGUACAUCCCCUGUACUUUGAUUGUUGUCCUGUCCUGGGUCUCAUUUUGGAUUAACAAGGAUGCAGUGCCAGCCAGAACCUCUUUGGGAAUCACAACCGUGCUCACCAUGACCACACUGAGUACCAUCGCUAGGAAGUCCUUACCCAAAGUGUCGUACGUCACAGCUAUGGACCUCUUCGUAUCUGUGUGCUUCAUAUUUGUUUUUGCUGCUCUGAUUGAGUAUGGAACACUGCACUACUUUGUGAGCAACCGCAAACCAAGCAAAAACAAAGAUAAGAAGAAGAAGAAUCCUCUUCUCCGGCUCUUUUCCUCAAAGGCCCCCACUGUGGACAUCCGCCCACGCUCGGCCACUGCCAUCCAGAUGAACAAUGCCACUCACAUGCAGGAGCGUGACGAGGAGUACGGGUAUGAGUGCCUGGACGGGAAGGACUGCACCAGCUUCUUCUGUUGCUUUGAGGACUGUCGCUCCGGAGCGUGGCGGCAAGGGCGCUUGCACAUCCGUGUUACAAAGAUAGACUCUUACGCCCGCAUUUUCUUUCCUACUGCAUUCGGUCUAUUCAACCUAGUUUACUGGGUUUCCUAUCUGUAUCUCUAAAAAUUCCCCUACAUUUGUUAGCCUGGCCUUAUUUUACGUUAAAAAUUCCAGCAAGACCAUUUCUUCAAAACGUGAACCCACGUGAAAACAUUUAAAUUUUGCGUUAUUUAUUUAUUAGUUUUUUCAUUUGCUAUGUUUUUUAUGUGUUUGUAUUAGGAUGAUUUUGAGUGUUUACGUAAUACGUGAGUUGUUUGUCUGUUUAAUUUGUUUUUAGCAAGUAUAUCUUCUGCACAAAGCAAACGUUGUAGCAAAAAAAAACUAAGAAAAAAUUACUAGAAAGGGCAUUGAACAUGAAUUUGCAUUUUUAAGCUUACACCUGAAAUUUCCAGAAUCAUAUGGGGACAAAAGGCCAAAAAACAGAGAUACUGCAUGUCUACGUUACUAUUACGUCUAUUAGCCCCUAAUGAAUAAGCUCUUGCACAAAAGAGUUGAGACAUUGGGAAACCAUAUCCAGACACAUGGCUGCAAGGCCUAAAUGAGAUAAAUCACAUACAAAAAAAAAAUAAAAAAAUAUAUAAAUUUAGCAUUCUUAAAAUAUCAAAUUUCAACAUUUAAGUGUUUCUAUGCCAUUUGUUAACUUUUUAGUUUUCAUGUGUGGUCACGGCUGGUUAAAUGUAUGGUCAUCUGUACAAACACUGUAAAUAGUUGAAUACUGUAUAAUGUAGUGAUAUACAUCAUACUGCAUGCACCUUUCAGGCCAAAAAAAAGAGCAAAUAUUUAGAGUCUUCUAUUGUCAUCCGUUGAUAAAAGCAAAAAGGGUAAAGAAAGUUCAACUUGAACAUUUCACUAUACAUUUUCAAUGAUUUAUAACCAUGUAAAGCUAUCUGUCAUUUAUAGAUGUACAACUACGUUGUUACAUAUACAAAAAUAUUGAAGGACUGUCAACAUUGCAUCCUGGAAUUUUGGUUUUUGGCAUGAGUUUCCCAUCCAUACUUGGAUAGAUGUGGAAAAUACCUGUAAAAUAAUUAAAAACUAGACAGUUAUUCUGAGUAUUCUGAUACUGUCAUACAGUUGCUCCAAAAGUAUUUGGACACUUUUUGUAAGUCACACUUGCCUGAAUGUCAUUGCGUUAUAUUUAAAACAUCAAACCAAGUGGCAUGAAAAAUACAGCUAUAGCAUUUCUCAGAGUUAACUUCACUUUUCUGAGCCAGUUUUGCAAUGAUUUCUAGAAAAUGUUGCAGUGCUUGUUAGAAGAUGCAUGAAGUCAGUUCCCUUCAAGUUUAUACAGGUGUCCUAACAGAGUAACCACAGAUGUAGUAUAGCACAAUAUCUAUAACAAUAAAGUAUAUCAAUCAAAUUGAAAAUUUGUUUGAAGGUUUUGCAAGUCCAACAGAAAAGACAGACAGACAGACAGAUAGAUAAGUCAACGUAGAUCCCUGGGAUUUUUGGCCACUUUGAAAGCCAGAUACAGGAAAAUUGAAAGUGAGAUCUUAGAAAAGACAUAGCACACAAAGUCAGAGCAGCCUGAAAGUCUGUAGCAUUUUGCUGGCUGUAGCUUGAAAGCUCUAGGAUGACUGUUUGGGUAACUACAUAACCCUGGUUCCCUGAAAGUGGGGGACGAGAUGCUGUGUCAGAAGCUGACGCUGUGGAAGCUCUUCCCAGGGGUGGUGACGUUGAAACCUUAUUCAGUCACGUCUAUCCUGACGUCAUAGUGAGCAUAUAAGCGGGAGUUACCUUCAUACAUUCAGAAUUUUCCAUUUGAAGGAAGACGACAUCUUAUUCUCUUAAUGGCUCAAAAUCAGGAGCUACGGCAAAGCUACACAGUGUCCUGUCCCCUCUUUUCUGGGAGCCAGUGUUACGUAGGAACCAAGAUGUUCCCUUUCAAUAAGGUAACUUUGAUGCUGUAUCAAAAGCUGAUGCUGUGGGAGCCGUAUUUUGUCAGGCUGUAUUGCUGAUGAGCAAUGCCAACUAGCCAUUUACAGGGUAGACAAAAGCAUUGAUUUAGCCACUCCUUCAUAUAAAAAUAUAGGAAGGGAGGUGGGAACAAUAAGUCAACACCUCAAUGUCAAGAUAGAGACUCUGUAUAAUAGCCAUUCCUGGUCAGUGCAAUAAGGGUGGCAGAGUGGCACAUGGCCACGGGUUUGUUACCAUUACACUAUCACAUAGGGCAGUGAAACAAUGGCUAUUGGAAAAUACUAGCCAACAAGGUAGUGGAACACUGACACCUGUGCUUUCAUUCACACCACUGAGAAUGGAGAGACCAAUACUAACCAAUUGUUAAUCUGAAGGAUUAACAGGAACAACCUUCUUCCUCUGUAAAGAUCUGGGAAGAGAAGGAAGAUACAUGCAGGUUAUAAAACAUGGCAAAGGUGUUAGGGAAAUCUCAACCCGCAGCCAGACAUACAGUAUGUGUUCUAGUCAUACACCAUUUGCCCAUGCCCAGGAGGAGGCCAUAUUCCUUGUCGAAUUAGCUUUUAUUCCCAUGGGGUAUUGUAUACCUUAUGAGUCAAAAGUGAGUGCAUAUACGACCAACAUUUAUGCUUGGAGAUGGUCAAGCCUUUUGUUACAUCCUCCCAAGCAAAAAUAUAAUUGUUCUGAAUCGACUCUUUCUGUCAGUGUCCAUGCAAAAUGCCCACACAGGGCAGAGCAUAUGUAACUCUUAGCCUCGUCCGACUCAAAGGGAGGAGAAGAGAAUGUUUGUAGGGUAACAACCUCAGCCCUAAAGGGGGUUGCCAGCACUUAGGCACAUAACCUUCCCUGGGCUUAAGAAUGAUCUUUGACAGACCUGGUCCAAACUCUACCUUGGAGUUAUUGACAGAAAUACCUGAAGGUCCCCAAUACAUUUGAUUAAUGCCAAAUCAAGUAGCAGCACAGUCUCCAAAAAGAGUAUGCAUAAGCUUACCACCUCUAGUGGCUUAAACGUGGAACUCUUAAGCACAUUUAACACCAGCAAUAAGUUUGAGACCUGGAUGGUAGCUCGGCAAAAAAGGCUCCUCGCUGUCUCGUACCACACAUAAUUCUGCUGAACAAAAGGUGUUGCUUAUAGACAAGCCCUCAGAAGUCAUGAGUGAUUGUUAUGGUAGUGACAUUUACAUUGAGCAACACUGGAGAAAGUGCUGCAUCCAACCAUAUAUAAACAAUGGUAUCUUCUGCACAGUGCAAUGCUUGGGUCCUCAUCCUGGGAGGAGCAUCAUUCAGAAAAGUUGCUACUUAAAGACAUUCAGCCACCUCAUUUAGGGUUCCUUGGUUGCGACAACUCCAUUGUGUCAGAUGAGCCCUAUUCAAAGGCCAGACAUCUCUGGCUGAGGAUGCCAGAUUGUGCCUUGAGUUUGAAAGAGUAGAUCUGACCUCCAAAAAUGUCCCAUGUGGGAGAACCACAGCUCUACCAAAUGGGGGACCAGUGACUGUUGGGCCAUUUGGUGCAACUAGUAUCAAUGUUUCCUUAUCUUUUCGUAUCUUGCACAAUUCUCAAUGUAGCAAGGCGACGGGAAACACAUAUUCACAUUUUAUUUUAUGGCCAUCUGUGAGUUAAGGCAUCUAAGCCUGGUGCAGCAUACUGUCAACCAGCUAAUUGAGGGUUGAGUCUCCAUUCCUCCAUCCAGUUGCAUUCUGACCCUAGAAUAAACCUGCUCUGCUGUUCAGGGGGUCAGGGACAUCCUUCGUACGUAGGAGACAUGACUCACUCCAGAAGAGAAUUUGACUCUCCAUGUUCAAUAUUGGGCACUUUAACAGUAUUCCUCUUUUGGAAAUGUAUGUGCCCCAGAGAUUGUGCACCUAUCCAGGUGCCAAACGCCAGACGUCGUUCGCACAGGGCUCCCCAGGUUGCAUUGUACACGUCUGUAGAGACAAUUACUGUAUGCAUCUGCCUGUUUUGGCAAGUGUCACACCUUUCCGAUAAAACUCGGUUCUCCUCAGAAGCUAGUGUGACUUAAUUGUAUCACAUCAUUAUGAGCUGAACAGGACAGUGUUGCCAAGCAUGAUGAGGGACCCUUGAGCUAUUAUUUUUCUUCUUUUUAUAAUUUACUUUAAAACCAUACAAACUUACAUUUGUGAAAUUUACAUUUGUGUUUUGCUUGAAAUGUGUGCUCAAGUGUGACAUAAAUGCACAAAUACUUUUAUGGGGUUACUGUAUGAACGCAAGCCUACCAUGCAAAUCUGUAAUUUUAUCCAGAUGGAAAACUUUUCUAACAAAAUGAACUUAAGAUGGUGGCAAACUUCUAUAUGACACAGUUGUUUUCCUAUAGAAGAACUAUCUUGGGUUUCUCAAAUGCUCAUACCACACUAACAGAUUUUCAUUAAAGAAACAUACCAUCUACAUGCAUUUGUAUUAAAUGUUUUGGUAAAAACAUACAAUGUUAUCAGUACAUUCUAUAUGGUGGAUUUCACUUGAGAGAAAAAAGCUCUUAUUUCAAUGAAUUUGGUAGAAUUUCUGUAAUCUUCUCAGCUAUUUAUGUUGCAGAAUGACAUUCAUGCAUGUAUUAUUUAAUAUUAUAUUUAAAACACUAGCAUUGCUAAUAACACAUAUAGGGAACAAACAAAUUGCAAACAAUCAUAUUAGAAAUAUUACCCUUAUCUAUCCCAUAAAAAAAUGCUUAUGUGUAGUUUUGGUCUAGAACACCAAAAAUACUAACCAAUUGGCAACAGUGCAACUGUUUGGUAGCAAAAACUACAGAUAAGCAAAAUGUUUCUGAUUAUUUCACAAUCUUGACCCGUAGAACAUGCAAUAUAACAAGACUACACAGUUACUGUAGUAAUUUACAAAGCCUAUGCAUUAACCUUACAGCUUAGCACACUGGCAUUUAGUAUGAUUUAGCAUUUUGUAGAUUUGAAUGCAUCUUGAUCUGUUUCCAUCUUACACAUGAGCAUGGUUAACUUUUUACUCAUAUUAAAAUGAGCUGCCAUAGUCUUAAAUAUCCUGUCUUGAUAUAUAUCAACUGUACCAUCAGCCCUCUGAAAUGAGUUCUUAACAGCAAACUUAUUCUACAGAAUUUGUAUGAUUUUGCACACAAGAUUUUUAUAGCUAAGCUCAGUUUGUUGCUCUUUCAAGUGAAGUAGUUAAACUGGAUUUUUUUCUCUGAAAUAAUUUCUCCUGAAAAUCAACAGCCAGAUCCCAGAGACAUCACCAAGCCAUGAUAAAUGUUUUAAAGUUAAUGUUCACUAUAGAUUGCCAUUUGGUGUUUUGUACUUAUGUCAUUCCUCAACUGGGUUAGCAAUAGGAACAAUGUUAGUGUGCAUAUCAUUUUAGUGCCAAACUACGAGUCAUUUUGAAUUCUACCAACUUAAUGCCCUAUGUUUCACUAAUUAGCCCAUAUAUCUUUGCAGAUAGAUUGUAAAUUAAGUUAUACACCACUGUCUCUGUUAUUCUUGUGUUGAAAUAUUUCUCUUGAUCUAAAUUUACAUAGUUUUAGAUCUAGGUUAUAAUUAUUGU